AUGUCCAACCUACCGCCUCCACCUACCCCUCCUCGUCACGCCGCACGCCGCCCCGAUACAAAGUCCACCUCUGUCUACACCGACAAGACCCCGGUACCUACAGGGGAGAAACCGAGCUGGAAAGAUGGAUUCAAGGCCAAGAGCAAGGUUUGGGGAUCGGUCGCGCUGGAAAAGGGAAUCAAGAUCAGUGAUCAGCUCGGAGCCAAGGUGAACAAUUAUGCCGAAAAGACGGGCAACGAGAGGUUCUGGCCAACAACUGGAGACUUCCCCCAAGAGAUCGAGAAAUGCGCACGGAUCUUGAAGGCGUUCACGGUUGAGGGGAUCCCUACCGAGGUUGUACCGGAGAUCGAAGAUAAGAACCAGGAUCAAGGAGAUGGGACAACCAAGAAGAAGGCAAAGAAACCCGUCAAGCUGCUCCGGAAGAUCCCCCCGAAGGUUCUCAGCGAAGCGGUCGGAUUGGCGAUCUUUACGAACUUUAGAACCGCCAUCGCACCUUUCGGAGGUAGCGGAGGAGCCGGAAUCGUCAUCGCCCGAUUACCCGACGGCUCUUGGUCCCCCCCAAGUUCUAUCAGUCCGAACAACUACGCAGCCGGGUUAGUCUACGGGGUCGACAUCUUUGACGCUGUCGUGGUCAUCAGGACUCAAAAAGCGAUGGAGACGUUCUACGGACAUAAAGCCACCCUAGGUGCUGAUAUCGGGGUUGUCGCCGGUCCCUUCGGAGCUGGAGCGGUUGUCGAGAGCGGGAAAGAAAGGGCUCCGGUUUUCAGUUACGUGAAGAGUAGGGGUCUUUAUGCCGGGAUCAGCAUUCUCGGCCAGGUCUUUGUCGAACGUUACGAUGAGAACGGUGCACUAUAUCACUGGCCAGGCGUCAAGGCUCAGGACAUCUUGACGGGUAAGGUCCGCAUGCCGCGUGAAGCGGCCAAUCUCAUGGAAGUGCUCAAAGACGCCGAAUCGGGCAAAGCGCAACAACAGAACGGGGACGGACUGGAGUACGUUGAGCCGAGUAGUAUCGAUCAGCUGGACUUGAAUGAAGGGGAGGUUUUGAAGUUGCCGCCGACUCCGGAUAUGGUCGAUCCGGAUUGGGGCAACGAGGAUCCCGAUGCCACCAAGGUCAAG